GGCGGGCGCUGUCCCCGCCCGGCGCUCGCGGUGCUGCGGCGGCGCCGCCGCUUCGCUUCCGCGGCGGGGCCGGGCCGGGCCGGGAUUGGCCGCGCGGCCGCCUCGCCCCAGAAUGCAGCGCAUGGCGCGUCAUUGAAGAGAGACCAUGAUGGCGGCGGCGGCCGCGGCGGCGGGGGGCGCCCCCGAGGUGAUCGCCCAGCUGGAGAACGCGGCCAAAGUGCUCAUGGCACCACCUUCCAUGGUCAACAAUGAACAACGCCAACAUGCUGAGCACAUAUUCUUAUCAUUUAGAAAAUCAAAAUCACCAUUUGCUGUUUGCAAACAUAUUUUGGAAACUAGUAAAGUGGACUAUGUCCUAUUUCAAGCUGCUACGGCGAUAAUGGAAGCAGUUGUAAGAGAAUGGAUUCUCUUGGAAAAAGCUAGUAUUGAGUCACUGCGAACAUUCCUUCUAACCUAUGUCUUACAAAGGCCUAACCUUCAAAAGUAUGUUCGGGAGCAGAUUUUAUUAGCGGUAGCGGUGAUAGUGAAACGGGGAUCAUUAGACAAAUCAAUCGACUGCAAAAGCAUUUUUCAUGAAGUCAGCCAGCUGAUCAGCAGUGGUAACCCCACUGUGCAAACUUUGGCCUGUUCCAUUCUAACGGCGUUGUUGAGCGAGUUCUCAAGUUCAAGUAAAACCAGCAACAUUGGACUAAGCAUGGAGUUCCAUGGUAACUGUAAACGUAUAUUUCAGGAGGAUGAUCUGCGGCAGAUCUUCAUGCUCACAGUAGAGGUACUUCAGGAAUUCAGCAGACGUGAAAACCUCAAUGCUCAGAUGUCUUCAGUGUUUCAGCGUUAUCUUGCACUAGCCAAUCAGGUCUUAAGCUGGAACUUCCUUCCUCCAAAUUUGGGCAGACAUUAUAUAGCUAUGUUUGAAUCCUCACAAAAUGUGAUGCUAAAGCCAACAGAAUCCUGGCGAGAGACCCUCCUGGACAGCAGAGUUAUGGAGCUUUUCUUUACAGUACAUAGAAAAAUCAGAGAAGAUACAGAUAUGGCCCAAGAUUCAUUACAGUGCCUGGCACAGCUGGCAUCUUUGCAUGGGCCAGUCUUUCCUGAUGAAGGUUCACAAGUUGAUUACCUGGCACACUUCAUUGAGGGAUUACUGAACACUAUCAAUGGAAUUGAAAUAGAAGACUCUGAAGCAGUGGGAAUUUCCAGUAUUAUCAGCAAUCUGAUAACUGUAUUUCCUCGCAAUAUUUUAACGGCCAUUCCAAAUGAACUUUUCUCUUCAUUUGUUAACUGCCUCGCACACCUCACUUGUUCUUUUGGAAGAAGCGCUGCCUUGGAAGAAGUGCUUGACAAAGAUGACAUGGUAUAUAUGGAGGCAUAUGAUAAGUUGCUGGAAUCUUGGCUUACUUUGGUCCAAGAUGACAAACAUUUCCAUAAAGGUUUCUUUACCCAACAUGCUGUUCAAGUCUUUAAUUCCUACAUUCAGUGCCAUCUAGCUGCUCCUGAUGGCACAAGGAAUUUGACUGCCAAUGGUGUGGCCUCUCGGGAAGAAGAAGAAAUAAGUGAGCUGCAGGAAGAUGACAGAGAUCAGUUCUGUGACCAGUUGGCCAGCGUAGGCAUGCUGGGGAGGAUUGCUGCAGAACACUGCAUACCUCUUCUCACAAGUUUGCUAGAAGACCGAGUGACAAGGCUCCAUGGACAGUUGCAGAGACAUCAGCAGCAGCUACUUGCCUCACCAGCAUCAGGUUCAAUUGACAAUAAAGUGCUUGAUGACCUGUAUGAGGAUAUUCAUUGGCUUAUUUUAGUCACAGGCUACCUCUUGGCUAAUGAUACUCAGGGAGAGACUCCGCUAAUACCUCCAGAAGUAAUGGAAUAUUCCAUUAAACAUUCAGCUGAGGUUGACAUCAAUACAACACUUCAGAUUCUGGGAUCUCCAGGAGAAAAGGCCUCUUCCAUCCCAGGGUACAACAGAACUGAUUCUGUAAUUAGGUUGUUAUCUGCUAUUUUAAGAGUGUCAGAAGUAGAAUCUAGAGCAAUAAGGGCAAAUCUCACACACCUCCUGAGCCCCCAGAUGGGCAAAGAUAUUGUAUGGUUCCUCAAGCGCUGGGCAAAGACUUACCUCCUAGUAGAUGAGAAGUUGUAUGAUCAGAUAAGUCUGCCAUUUAGUACAGCAUUUGGUGCUGAUACAGAGGGUUCCCAGUGGAUUGUGGGUUACCUUUUAGAAAAAGUGAUCAGUAACCUGGCAGUGUGGAGUUCAGAGCAGGACCUUGCAAAUGAUACUGUACAACUGCUAGUAACAUUAGUGGAAAGGAGAGAGCGGGCAAACUUAGUUAUUCAGUGUGAAAACUGGUGGAAUUUAGCUAAACAGUUUGCAAGGCGAAGCCCUCCUCUUCACUAUUUGUCUAGUUCUGUGCAGAGAACACUAAUGAAAGCUUUAGUUCUAGGAGGUUUUGCUCAUAUGGAUACAGAAACAAAGCAACAAUACUGGACAGAGGUUCUUCAGCCACUUCAGCAGCGAUUCUUGAAUGUGAUAAACCAAGAAAACUUUCAGCAGAUCUGUCAAGAGGAGGAAGUGAAGCAGGAAAUCACUGCUACAUUAGAAGCACUCUGUGGCAUUGCUGAGGCUACCCAGAUUGAUAACGUAGCAAUUCUCUUCAAUUUCCUAAUGGACUUCCUUAAUAAUUGCAUUGGAUUAAUGGAAGUAUACAAAAACACACCAGAGACUGUUAAUCUCAUAAUAGAAGUCUUUGUUGAAGUUGCACAUAAACAAAUUUGCUAUCUUGGAGAGGCCAAAGCCAUGAACUUGUAUGAGGCCUGCCUAACUCUGCUCCAGGUGUAUUCCAAGAAUAAUCUAGGCCGACAACGGAUAGAUGUUACAGCAGAAGAAGACCAGUACCAGGAUCUCCUUCUUAUUAUGGAGCUUCUCACUAAUCUUCUAUCAAAAGAAUUCAUAGAUUUCAGUGAUACAGAUGAAGUAUUUAGAGGACAUGAGCCCGGGCAAGUUACAAAUAGAUCUGUAUCAGCAGCAGAUGUUGUUUUAUAUGGGGUUAAUCUAGUUUUGCCUCUAAUGUCACAAGAUCUGCUGAAGUUUCCAUCCCUGUGUAAUCAAUAUUACAAAUUAAUCACUUUCAUAUGUGAAAUAUUCCCUGAGAAAAUUCCACAACUUCCAGAGGACCUCUUUAAGAGCCUAAUGUACUCACUGGAGUUAGGGAUGUCAUCAAUGAGCUCAGAGGUCUGCCAGCUCUGUCUGGAGGCUGUAACACCAUUAGCAGAACAGUGUGCAAAAGCACAAGAAACAGAUUCAACCCUUUUUCUAGCAACAAGGCACUUUCUUAAGAUGGUUUUUGAUAUGCUGGUACUUCAGAAGCACAAUACAGAAAUGACAACUGCAGCAGGUGAAGCGUUCUACACAUUAGUGUGUUUACAUCAGGCUGAAUAUUCAGAGUUAGUUGAAACAUUGCUAUCAACUCAACAAGAUCCAGUAAUUUACCAGCGGUUAGCAGAUGCCUUCAACAAGCUUACUGCAAGCAGCACUCCUCCUACACUGGACCGUAAGCAGAAGAUGGCCUUCUUAAAGAGUUUAGAAGAAUUUAUGGCAAAUGUUGGUGGACUUCUCUGUGUAAAAUAAACAACAAAACUCUAUGCCUAAUUUAGACCCUUUCUGCAAAAUGCACUGAGAAAUGCUGAAUGCUGACUAAAUCUUGUACCUGUCUCUGGGUUCUUUGCAGCCAUCUCAGAUUCUAGAGAGCCUGGAAGUUUGAACAUGACACCAUGGAAUAGGAGAGGUCAACUUUGAAUCAGCUUCUGCUAUUAUGUGUUAGCUGCAAUCUGUCAUACUUAGGUGUGGAAAAGAAUGAACAGAAAAUCUGAAUUGAGUUUUUUUCCAUUUUUCGCAAACAGAUAUGGGCACAAUGAAAUAAAUGCAGUGCCUUUCCCCCUACACUGGUUUAAAAUAUGAGUGGUCAUAUAAACAUACGGAUUUCUUUUCUACCCAAAAUCAUGUUGGAGUGUGAUGCAGAUACAUAUAAAGCUCAAAACACUUUAGCUGAUUUUAAGCUUUAUUUUUCCUCUCUUAGUUUGAGUUUGUGUUCCAAUGGGGA